UGGGAUGGGUGGUGGUUAGAACGGAGUGAGAGUGAAAAGAGUUGGAGAGGUGAGAGAGAGUGUGUGAGGAAUGAAAAAGAAAUUAUUGAAAAUCAAAAUAAAAAUUAACAAGGUUUACAUAUGUUUCGGAAACUAAAAUGGUUCACUCCUUUCUCCCAUAGAAAUUGGUCGAUUAAACGUUUGCCAAAUGCUAAUAAUCACUUCCCUAACCCUAAAUCUCCCGCCUCGCCUCUGUCGUCAGCAUCGACUCCUACGGCGGUCAUCGAUGUUACUAUAGAUACUCUUUAUGAAAUCGCUAUUUACAUUCAUAGGUUUCAUAAUCUUGAUCUUUUCCAGCAAGGAUGGUAUCAAAUUAAGAUUAGUUUGAGAUGGGAGGACAGCGAAGUGAUGGGAAUACCGGCACGUGUUGUUCAAUUUGAAGCUCCUGAACCGGGCCCUGAAGGUACUUCUGGGGUUUGGAGGAUUGAUGAUACAGAAAACAGUUUUUGGACACAGCCUUUCUGGAUCAGAUAUGCAAGACAGGAUGUUUAUCUAUCGGUUAUGAUAGCAUUCAAUUUAGCUGAUAGUAGGCAUGAGGGGCCAUCAACAUCUGCUGUUAUAUUAAAGUUUGAGCUCAUGUAUGCUCCCAGGCUGGAGAAUGGCCUUGAGUUGCUAUCAUCUCUUGGUGCAUGUCCUGCUGCAGUUCAUGAAUUUCGAAUUCCUCCCAAAGCACUUCUAGGAUUGCAUUCUUAUUGCCCUGUUCAUUUUGAUGCUUUGCACACUGUACUUGUUGAUGUAACUGUACACAUUAGUCUACUAAAAGCUAGUUCUUCCACGGCCUCAUUGAAGUCAGACUUCAAAACCCAGGAGGCAUGGGGUCAGUUGGCUUCUGUAGGUCGCAAACAGGUCAUGUUCGUUAAAGCCCUAAUAACUGCCUAUGAAAUUCUUCUUGGAGAUCUUCAAAGAAUUAGCGAAGCAAUUGACCAUGCAAUUGAUUUGACUGAUUGUACUUUCAAGUUGGAUGAUACGAAGUUGUUUGGUUGUGUGGACUGCACAGUUUUAGGACAACUCUCAGGCAUGCAACAGAACGGUGUUGAGAAGGCCGAAGGCAAAACAGAUUUAAAUGAUGAACUGUCUGAUUCUAUAUCAUGGGGUGAUCUAUUAAAUGCUUUCCAAAUACUGGGAAAUCAAAUUUUGUCCUUGUGGAAUACAUUUUUGAUGUUUCACCGGGAAUUCAAUCUGAUCAAGAGGGUUGGUAAAGGAUGGAGUGUUGUUGACAACUCCAGCUUGAAUACAAGGGCUAACAGAGCAAAGGUAAUGGAAUUUCUGUGUGAUACAUGGGCAAAUGAUCGGAAAGCUGAAUGGUCAAUAUGGAUGAUGUACUCCAAAGCUGAGGUACCGAGUCACUUAUUAAGUACUGGACUUGAUGAAUCUUCUUAUAGGGCCUUCCGUGCAAAAGCUUUGAGUAUGCAGAAGUACAGUGUCAGUGAAGAUCCUGCACAAAGUGCAGCUAUGCGUGCUGAGCUACAUCGGCGAAGCAUUGCUCAGAUGAGGAUCAACAAUCAAUCAAUUCAGGACAUGCAUAUUUUUGGAGAUCCUUUACAUAUCCCUAUUGUAAUGGUAGAACGUUGCACAAGUGCACCAUUAUGUACAACCAGUGGAAAUUUAUAUUUUAGCCAGUUAGACCAGAGAGACAAGCACGGGUUUCUCGUUAGACCUAGCAUUAAGGCUGUGGAAAAGUCAAUUGGAGCUAGCUCACAACCAGCUGGUCAUGUUUUGAAAAUAGUUGUCUUUGUACAUGGAUUUCAGGGACAUCAUUUGGAUUUAAGGCUUGUUCGAAAUCAAUGGCUUUUAAUAGAUCCCAAGAUAGAGUUUCUUAUGUCAGAGGUAAAUGAAGAUAAAACAGAUGGAGAUUUUAGAGAAAUGGGACUAAGGCUGGCAGAAGAGGUGAUUUCUUUCCUCAAAAAGAAAAUGGAUAAAGUCUCUAGAAGUGGAAAUUUAAGAGAUAUCAAGCUUAGCUUUGUUGGGCAUUCCAUUGGAAACGUUAUUAUAAGAAGUGCAUUAACAGAGAGUAAGAUGGAGCCAUAUCUGAGAUUCUUGUAUACAUAUGUUUCUAUAUCCGGUCCGCACUUGGGGUAUCUAUAUAGCUCAAACUCUUUAUUCAACUCUGGGUUAUGGCUCUUAAAAAAGCUCAGGGGUACACAAUGCAUUCAUCAACUUACUUUCUCAGAUGAUCCAGAUCUUCAGAAUACUUUCUUCUAUAAUCUGUGUAAGCACAGGACACUGGAGUUCUUCAAAAAUAUAUUACUGUUAUCUUCACCCCAGGAUGGGUAUGUUCCGUAUCAUUCUGCUAGAAUCGAAAUGGCCCAAGCGUCUCUUUGGGAUAAUUCAAAAAAGCGUGCCAUUUUCUUGGAGAUGUUAAAUGAUUGCUUGGAGCAGAUGUAUGCCCCUUCAUCUGAGCAUCGAGUCUUCAUGCGCUUUGACAUUAACUUUGAUACCUCUUCUCAAGGCAGGAAUUUGAAUACUCUCAUUGGACGGGCUGCCCAUAUUGAGUUUUUGGAAUCUGAUAUUUUUGCAAAGUUCAUAAUGUGGUCUUUCCCAGAACUUUUUCGAUAAUUACCCCUGCAUUAAUGCCUCCUAUCAUUUUGCUCUCUCCACUUGGUCUUCUGGGCGGGAGUUCUGUUUCUGACGGAAUUUCAGGAAUGUUGAACAGGGCCGAGUAUGAAAAACUGCAGAAUCUGAAUGACUGAAGUCCUGAUUUUUGCAUGGCUUCUAGGCAGACCCCAUCGCAUGGUAUGGGUCCAAGAUGGAUUUUUCGGGCUGGUCUGCCACGUGGAUGACACUGAAAUGUUGCACUGUGUAAAUUAUUGGCUUGGAAUUUUGGUUUGUGAUUGAAGAAAGAUAUUCUUUCUUUACUCGAUGGCAAUUUUCAGUGAUCCUACAGGCCUUUCUGUGGCAUGACGUGCUGCAUUUCAGGCCUCAAGAUUUCAACGGUGGAUCAACGUUACCUCGUGGAUUUCAAGGGCGGUUUUUGGAGAUUGGGGUUUACAUUUAUGCCUGUACUUUUACCAGUUUCUUUGUACAAAGGAAGAAUACAGGAACUAUGCUUUUUAAUAUUAAGGAGCAGGUGAUACCUGUUCUAUAAAUGGUUCUCUUGUAGUUGCAGGCUACUUUCUGCAGGAACUAUCCUUUAUAUUUUGAUGAAUUCUUAUUCAUAGACA